AUGUCUGCUUACACGCUAUUAGAUACAAACAAUUUUGGCUCGGAUAAUUGGUGUUUCCAAUUACAACCUAUGCUGAAGCAUGGCCUGUUAAUAAGUCUAAGCAAUGGAGAUGUUCAUUUGUUGGACUGGAACACCAAUAAAUCCAAACAAUCUUUUAAAAUAGGUAAUACCUCGGUCAAUUCUUUAAAAACAAUUAAUUCAGAUACCCAUAACAGCGAUCUGUUCGUUGGCUGUUCCCUUGACACUGUGAAACUUUUCGACGUCAGAAAUUCACCAGAGAAACCUGUUGCUUCUAUUAAGAGUUUGAAUUCAUCUCCGUUCUUGUCUGUGGAUUCACAACAUGGGAAAUUUGCAUGCGGAACAGAACUGAAAGGUGUGGAUGCACAAUUGCAUAUCUAUGAUAUAAGAAAAUUAAACUCUACUUGGAAAUCUUUUAUAGAUUCACAUCAUGAUGACAUCACAUGUAUCAAAUUUCACCCUUCUGACCCUAACGUUUUGUUAAGUGGGUCUACCGAUGGGUACACGAAUAUCUAUGACUUGACAGAGGAGGACGAAGACGAUUCUUUACAUCAGGUGAUUAAUUACAAUUCAAUACACUCUUGCGGCUGGCUGGCACCAAGAAGAAUAUUUACUUUAUCUCAUAUGGAAACGCUUGCAGUCCAUGAAUUAAAUGAUAAAUCUGAGGAAUUGAAAGAACCCCAACCUUUGGAUUUCGGUGAUGUUAGACAGAGGUUUGACUGUGAUUAUGUCGUCGACGUGUAUCCUGGAUACAUUGCUGCCGGGAAAUCUCAUGAUGAUGAGCGUUGUCAAUUGAAGAUAAUUCCAUUUAAUAAUGAAAUUGACGAUGUAUCUAAAGCUGUCGUAAUUGAGAACCCACAUGCAUCUGAUGUAGUUAGGGAUGUUUUUAUACCAUCUAGUGAUACUACUUUAUUAUAUUCAUGUGGUGAGGAUGGGUCCUUGAAAAUUUGGAAAUAUAAUAAUAAUGGUAAUGGCACUGGAUCUUUGACUAUACCUGAAACAUUCUGGGAUUAUUCAAAGAAACUAAAUGUACUAGAUGAAACAAAUGUUGAGGUUAAUAUGAUCGAAGAAGAUGAAGAAGACCUUACUUUGAAACAAGAUAAAGCUGAAAAUACAGAUCUCUUAAAAAGAGAAGCUUCUGAACAGAAUGAGAUUGCAAAGGAAAAGAAGAAGAAAUAUAAGAAAAAUCACCAUAAAAAGUAUAAACAUAAAACGAGCAAAAAGAGUUCCAAAAGUCUUCGUUAUAAACCAUAUUAG